AUGUCUGGAGGAGGAAAAGAUCGUAUUGCAGUUUUCCCGAGUCGUAUGGCUCAAACACUGAUGAAGGCUCGCCUGAAGGGAGCCCAAAAAGGACAUUCGCUUCUUAAGAAGAAGGCUGACGCUUUGAACAUGCGUUUCCGUGAUAUUCUUCGCAAGAUUGUCGAUAACAAAGUCCUCAUGGGUGAGGUUUUGAAAGACGCUGCUUUCUCUUUGGCUGAGGCUAAGUUCACUGCCGGAGAUUUCUCUCAUACCGUCAUUCAAAACGUUAGCCAAGCUCAAUAUCGCGUAAAGAUGAAGAAGGAAAACGUUGUCGGAGUUUUCCUCCCAGUUUUCGAGGCUUCCCAAGACGGUCCCGAUGCUUACGAUCUUACCGGUUUAGGCAGAGGAGGAGCUAAUAUUGCUCGCCUCAAAAAGAACUACAACAAGGCAAUUGAGCUUUUAGUAGAAUUGGCUACCCUUCAAACUUGCUUUAUCACCCUUGAUGAAGCCAUCAAGGUUACUAAUAGACGUGUUAAUGCCAUUGAGCACGUUAUUAUUCCUCGUAUUGAAAAUACAUUGACUUAUAUUGUCACUGAGUUGGAUGAAAUGGAAAGAGAAGAGUUCUUCAGAAUGAAGAAGAUUCAAGCUAACAAGAAGAAACAGAAAGAACAAGAGCUCCUCGAACGCGGAAAAGAGAAUGCCGAUGUGGAAGUGGAAAGUUAUCAAGCGAAAAAUAUACUGAACGAUGAGGAUGAUAUUCCUAUUCUCUUCAACUAA